AUGGGUCGCUAUUGCUUUUCUCUGAUCCUGUCUUUGACAUGGUUUCUUACCACUACAAAGGUGCAUGCCGCCACGGACCUGAAAGAUUGUCUUUUAGAGUCUGUUGGCGGCGAAACCGAGAGGGCCAAAUUCUCGAAUGAAGCUGGUUUCCAGGCCGAUCAUAUUCGGCUAUACAACCUUAAUUUUCAAUACGUGCCAUUUGCCAUCCUUUACCCUAAUAGUCCCUUGGAGGUUGCGAGCAUUGUUGUUUGUGCUUCUCAAUACGAUCGCAAGGUGCAAGCUAGAAGUGGAGGACACGACUACACGAACAAAGGGAUUGGUGGCAAUGAUGGAGCUAUCGUAGUUGACGUAAAGAAUCUCAACCAUGUUCAGCUCGGCCCCGAUGGCAUUGCGAAAGUGGGUUCGGGAAACAGACUGAAAGAUGUCUGCGAGAAGCUUCACGCCAACGGAAAGAGAUGGAUGCCUCACGGAUCGUCUCCCACUGUUGGAAUCGGCGGCCACGCUACCGUCGGUGGCCUUGGACUGCAUAGCCGCCUUCUUGGUACUUCGCUCGACGUGAUGGUUGCCGCAGAAAUUGUCCUGGAAGAUGGUACUAUUGCAACUGUAUCUGAAUCACAUCGUCCAGAGGUUUUCUGGGCUUUAAGGGGAGCGGGUGCGAGCUUUGGAAUCGUCACCAGCUUCUGGUUCAGGACUCAGCCUGAACCUGACGCGGUUGUUAACUUCAUCUUCACCGUUACAUCUUCAGAACCGACGAAGCUCUCGGAUGCAUUCAAGGCCUACCACCAGAUUACUACCAAUCGAUCCCUUGAUCCGCGCUUGUCCUCUGUCGCAAUCAUCUCUAAGGACACCCUGCAAAUCAGUGGCGUCUAUUUUGGCACGGAAUCGGAGUACAGCAAGGUCAACUUCAGCAGAUUGAUCAAAGGAAUAACAGAGCAGAAUACUGUUACCAACUUGACAUGGAUGGAGCACAUGAACAGGACCUUCGACACUAUCUCCAACAUAUUCCCCGCGCAGUCAUAUUUUUAUGCUAAGGACACAGCCGUUGCCUACUCGACGUUGCCCAGCAACGACACCAUCGACGCCGUCUUUGAACAUCUUCAGGGCACCGACUCGGGAUCAAAGAGCUGGUUCGUUUUGGUCGAUCUCUACGGAGGUGCCGUUAACAAUGUUGCGCCCGGUCUGACGGCGUUCCCGCAUCGGAAUCUGGCGUACUUCUUUGCAGUCUAUGCUCAGACUGAGUCCACCACUCCGACUAUCACAUACGACUUCGUCGACAAUGCUGUUCUCAAGUAUCAGAGAAACGAGCCUCAAAAGUACCUGUCCUACGCAGGAUACACCAACCUGAGGAUCAAGGGAAUCCCGCAGCAAAAGUAUUGGGGUGACAACCUUCCAAGACUGGAGAAGAUCAAGGGCGCCGUUGACCCAGGAGACCUUUUCUCAACGCCUCAGAGCAUCAAACCACGAGCUUAG